CUCCCCUCUCUCCUUUCCAUUCAAAUAACCCCGGCUGCCUCCAGCUAGCCCUGCAUACUUCCCUCCCUGGCCCUGAGCAAGGCAAGGUGCACCGUGGUGGAGAAUGAACCUGCUUUCCUCUGAGUCAGUGUGGCUCUGUUUGGCUGCCACAACCGUGCUGGGGGUUAUCCUUUGCAGAUCCAAAAGUCCAGGGCAGCUGCAGAGCCAGGCAGUCUGCCUCGCUGCCCUCUGGGGAGGUGCCUGGCUGCUUAGCUUGUCUCUCUUCUGCAAUCUGCUCCUCUUCUCCUUGUCGUGUUUCCUUCUGUAUGUGUGUUCAUCUGACCAAGAGCUGUUACCCGUGGAUCAAAAGGCAGUCUUGGUGACAGGUUCUGACUCUGGUUUUGGCCAUGCUUUGGCCAAGCACUUGGACAAAUUGGGCUUCACAGUGUUCGCUGGAGUCCUGGAUGAAAAGGGCUCCGGGGCAGAGGAGUUGCGAAAAAGCUGCUCAGAGCGUCUCUCAGUGCUCCAGAUGGACGUCACCAAGCCAGAGGAGAUAAAGGAUGCUCACAGCAAAGUCAUAGAAAGGAUAAAGGACAAAGGACUGUGGGCUGUGGUCAAUAAUGCUGGAAUCUUCCACUUGCCAAUUGAUGGGGAACUCAUUCCCAUGACGGAUUAUAAGAAGUGCAUGGCCGUGAACUACUUUGGAGCAGUGGAGGUCACGAAGGCAUUUUUACCUCUGCUUAGGAAGUCCAAAGGGAGGCUGGUGAAUGUCAGCAGUAUGGGAGGUACGGUCCCAUUGCAAAUGCUGGCAGCCUAUAACUCAACAAAGGCAGCUCUGACCAUGUUUUCAUCAAUUAUGAGACAAGAGCUUUCUAAAUGGGGAGUCAAAGUCAUUAUCAUCCAACCUGGUGCCUUUCGAACAAAUAUCGUAGGCACAAAUGACAAAUGGGAAAAGCUGGAGAAGGGCAUCCUGGACCAACUCCCACAGGAUGUACAGGAGGACUACAGCCAGGACUACAUCAUGCUAGUGUGGAAGAAUUACUUGAAGUACAUGAUGGGGAAGUCCAACCCUGACAUCACCCCAGUGCUGCGGGAUAUCCAACAAGCCAUUUCUGCUAAAAAGCCCUCUCCCCUUUAUGCACCAGGACAGUUGGCUUUCCUAUGGAUCUGCUUCAACUCCUAUUCCCCGACCAGCUUCUUUGACUACGUGACACUGAAGAUUUUCUCCUGUGGAGCCGCCAUACCAAGAGCUCUAAGCAUGUCAAAUUAGAAAAAGGCUGUGGAGGCAGUGGGGGACCUCAAUGGGGCGGGAAAUGUUAUAAUCUUAGGAGGAAAGGGAAACUGAGUUUCCUAUUAAAGUUGUCAUUUCCUGCCUCACAUUGCUAUUUGUUGGUUCUACUGGACUUAAUAGUGAGUGCAUUAGAGAGUAGAAAGGACCAUCAUAGACAUUAACUAAGAAGCUUUUGUGUUCCAGACACAUGUCAGAUAUAUGCUUGUACUCCUCAGAGAUGAUGAAAUUUUGGGUCUCUUUCACUGUAGUGAUGUGAUACAGCAAUAAAGCCAGCCACAGGGAGCUUUUGUUUUCCCAGCACA